CUGACGCGCGGGGGGGCGGGGCCGCGACGCGCCGGAAGUGGCGGCGCGGCGCGUGCGCAGCAGGCGGCCACGCGGGGCCGGGGCAGGCCAUGGCGGACAGGGUGCUGUUCCGGCGUGGGACCGGGGAGAGCGACGACUCGGACGCGUGGGACGAUACGGCCCUCAUCAAGGCGUAUGACAAGGCGGUGGCCUCCUUCAAGAACGCUUUAAAGAAUGGAGAGUGUUCGGAGACCUCGGACAAACCGGAGCAGCGCCUGAGGAUGAAGAGAAAAAACAAUAAAAAGAACAGAAACAGGAAGAAGAGCAACGCAGUGCCUUUGAAACAGUGGAAAGUUGGUGAUGGCUGUAGUGCUGUUUGGUCUGAGGACGGUAAUGUGUACCCAGCAACUAUUGCCUCCAUCAAUCAGAAGAGAGGCACAUGCGUUGUUACUUACAUGGGAUACGGAAAUCAAGAGGAGCAGGACCUGUCUGAUCUACUUCCCCUAGCCAACGAUGAAACAGUAAAUGGGAUGGGGAAUUCUGGGGAGAAUGACAAUGAGACCCCAUAUUCAACAGACGAAAGUGAAAAAUCUUCCCAGUCACCUCAGAACAAAAACAAUUGCACGAAAGCAAGAUUCUCCCCUCAAAACCUACAUUUUCCCGCACCACCGGCAGCCCCAGGCCUAGGAAGGCCUGGAUCAAAAUUCAGGGCACCUCCAUUGUUUUUACCUUUCUGGCCCCCACCCUUCCCAGCAGGACCACCGUUGAUUCCUCCUCCACCACCUAUGAGGCCAGACUCUGAGGAUGAUGAAGCAUUGGGAAGCAUGUUGAUAGCCUGGUACAUGAGUGGUUAUCACACUGGGUAUUACCUGGGUUUAAAACAAAGUCGAAUGGAAGCAGCACUGGAGAGAGAAAUGAAUGCAAAAUAACUGAAUAUCCAUCACUGUUUUGAAGGAUUGUAAGUAUUGUAAUUUUGUGCUAAAUGAAGAUAAAAUGUUGCUUGACAAAUUUGUUUGGGACUACAGUUCAUUUGACAAACUCUCAAGAAGUUUUGAAUUCUGUGCAGAAACAGUGAGCUUCGGGACUUCCAUCCACUCUUACGGCUCCCUACAAAGACCACUUCUGCCAGUAUUAAUCCCUUCUUUCCUUAGCAGCUGUGGAAUAGUAUGUUUUUUGGCUAGAAUGAAGGAAAGUAUUUUAUUGCUCUGAUGAGAGGUUUAACUACAGCAUCUCUCUGCAUCAGGAUUAACAGCACAGCUUACUUGAGUUAUUUAGAGUUACCUUGUUUGUUUAUGGGCUAUUUUGAAAAAAAGAAGGUUGUUAAGUGAAAUGCAGUUUUUUCAUUUAUGUACACAUCUUCAGAAGCAACUGCUUCAUUAUACAGAUGGGAUAGCAGGUUGUGUAGCUAAACUUUGUUUUCAGGACAAGAUCAACAUUUCAGUUUGAUGUCGUUGCGCAGUUCUGUUCUCAUUACUUCAGUGCUUGUGCUUUUAUUUGAAAUCCUUUGUUUAGAAUUCUCCAGUAUAUUGUUCAGUUCCUUAUAGAACAAAACUAUAUUCUCUUGGGGACUUGUUUUUCUGUUUUUCUGUGACAACAUGUAAUUUCUGUGCAGUUGAGUAAUUCUUGUUUGUUCAAAACCAAAAAGCUCUUGUAUACUAAUUUUUCUUCUUUUUUAAAGCCAGGUACAAAUCUUUCCCACUGAGAGGUGUAUAUCACUUAUGCACUAAUGGUUGUGGUGAAGAUCAGAACUUUAUCAAGACAAUUAAUCAUAACAUUUUCUUAACAUUGAGCUGCCUCUGAUAACAAGUAAACAAGUAACUUGAGACUAGUUAUUAUGCGUGCAUUGAAAUGAGCUAUUUCUUGAAGACCUGUAGUCAAAUGUAUUUAGAAAGCACUGCAGCAAUAAAAUAUUUAUUUUGUACUCCCUGAAACAUUUCUUUUUUACCACAUGAUAAAUUUAAGUCUUUUAACCCCACAUAACAGGGGUGUCUCAUUUAAACACCUCUUGUAUCCCUCAGACUUUUUAUCUGAAUGACAACACCAGAACUAGGAAUUACAGUAUACUCUUUUGGGAGGCAGCUAUGGCAGCAGUGUAUGUCACAGUGGCCACUGGUGGCAAUGGCCUGGAAAAUGGUAUACCAUCAUAUUAUGAGAGGUAUCUUAUGUGUCUGAUUAGAAUCCUGAAUAUGACAGCUGGAUUGAGAAGGGCUCAUUUUUUGUUUCAAAUGCUUGUUAAUAAAGUUCUACUCUUCAAACUUUGAA